UUUAGAAGUCUUCACUGGCGUGCAGGAAGUGUUCUAGAGCACGUUGGUCCAUAAUCACGGCCCGUUGAAAACAAGUGAUUGCGUGUGUUCAAACAAAUGUGUGCUCUGUGAUUAGGAAAUUACGAACAUUCAGAAACGAGUGUCGUCGAGCGUUCACAAACAUAUCGUGUUCAGCGAGUGUUUCCGGUCGUAAUCAGUGUUCAUGAGAUUCAGAAACGAGUGCAUCGUCUUCAACAAACACCUGUAGGAGGCGCUCACCAUGACGGAGCAAUGUGUGGGCGGCGCGGGCGUGGAGGAAGGCGUGGACUUCGGCGAGGAUACGGACUCUUGGGAGGCGCGGGCGGUGGAACUUUUCACAUUGUGUGACAGAGAGUGUAAAGGUUUCGUUACCAAGAGGGACCUUCAGAGACUGUGGGGUGAGCUGCCACUGGACCCAGACGAGUUUGAGCGUGUGUUUGACUCUCUGGAUCAAGAUCACAAUGGCUUCCUCUCUCUCGAGGAAUUUACUGAUGGUUUCGGUUCACACCUGGGUCUGGUGGUGGAGUUCCGGGCGGAGUCGUCGUCCAGCAGCGGAUGUGAGGGUGAGGCUGAGGCUCAGAGGCAGCAGGAGCAAGAGGUUAAAGAGGGGAUCAUCAGUACCCAGCAGCUUGACACCAUCCUGAACAGCCUGGCCGGCCAAGACCUCGACUCAAAUUCGGCAGUGGUGGAGGCAGUGUGGCGGGAGGUGUGUGGUAGUGGGGAUGGCACCCAAGAAGACGCCAGGCUGGAGAGACUUGUGGCAGCACUGCUUCAGGAGUUGUCCCGGGUUAGAGCUGACCACGCACACCUUGAAGCUGCCCUUGCCACCAAGACCGACCAGUACAACCAGCAGGUGUCGCAGCUGUAUGAGGAGUUGGAGACACAGAUCAGCGGGGAGGAGACCCAAGCUACCAAGGAGCAAAACCAGAGGAGCGCCCGAGCCCUUGCCCUGCUUGAGGAGGAGGUAGCAGAGCGUGAGAGAGCACUGCAGGCCCUGGAGGAGGAGCAGCAAGUGUUACGGCAGCAGUUGGAGCAGAUGGCAGCGACAGAGGCGGUGGCCAGGCAAGACAACUCUUACCUCUCGCAACACGUGGACCGACUGGAGGAGGAGCUAGCUACUAAGGAUGCGGUGGUGCAGGAGUUGACUGUUGCUCUGGAGGCACUCAAGAAGAACACCAAGAAUGAGAAAAUACGACGGGUGCAACAGGCCUUCAAGGUAAGUGAGGGGAUUGCAAUGGAGAGAGAGAGUCUGGUGACCCAGCUUGACAUUUUGCGGACCAUUAACACUCAGCUGAGGGAUGAACAAGACCAGGCCAGCCAGCCCCCCAGCAGAUGUAAGGAGAGUGAAGGUGGAGGAGCACCAGUGCCAGUCAGCCCAGCCACCAGCCCACACUCAAGAAGUGACUCUGACUCGCUAGUUGCCACCACGCCCACCACGGCCCCUUUGAUGGACCACACUCACACCACCACCGUUACACUACCACCACGCCCACCAUACAUCCUCCCAGUGCAGGACACUUACACAUCACUUAAUGCAUCUCAUUGCCUCAUCCACAAUAUCCGGCGGACCACAGGUAGUGUUCGAGCCGCGGACUGUGAACAUGAUGAGGAAUACUUUGUGACUGUGGAUGACGAGGUCAGCCAGGAACCAGUGUUACCUCCGCUAAUUGCCCCCAUGGAAACAAGUCUCCUGCAGGAACUUCUGCAACACCCACCCCUCUGUGUUUCCUGUGGGGGAACACUUCCUGAUAACAUGGGGGAUACUUCAGAUAUGGCAAAGGCUUCAUCACCAAGGCUAAGGCAAGAGUCCAUGACGCAGACAUCACCCAUUGAGUCACUUGAAGACUUACCUGCUAAAGUAUUAAUGUCUGCUGAGGCAUCGCCUACAAAGGAACAGUCUACACCACCUGAGGAAGAUGUUGAAAGCUCGAUAGUAGGAUCCACUAACAGUGUUCUCACUAGAUACUGUCAGUGCAGCAGGGUUGGCAGCCAGCCCCCUUCUGCGCCUCGGCACUCAUCCACCGUCAUCAUCUACCAUCCUGGUCACUACACCGCCACACAGAUCAGUCCUCUACACCACACGCACCACACCUAUCACACUCGCCACUCCUAUCACACUUAUUACACCUUCAAACCCAAAAUUGAGGACAUCCAAACCAAAGUUACAAGAAAUGCAUCAACACAAAGUACAGCUAUUCUAUCUAUAGAAAUUGAAGGCCAACUUGACACUCCCCAGGCCUCUCAUUCUAAUAAUGGACGAGAUGUUGAAUUUGUUACCAAUUGUUGUACCUCUGAGAACUCAAUUCUCGAGGCCGACCAACAAGAUGAAGUGAGUCAGAGUACACAGGAUGAUCUACAUAGUGAUACAGUCAUGGGUCAGUGUGAAGACCUGAAGGAGGAGACUACGCAGGACAAUGUAAUGGGUAAACUUGUGAACCAGGUUGCAGAUGAUGGACUCAACGUUGGCCAGAGUGUGUUGCCCUCAUCUAACAUUACACUAGAGAGUGGUCUCGUGGCUGAUGAGGUCACCAAGGAACAACUAGAGGAUAAAUUCUCAGACAACCAGGAGACACGACAAAUAAUUCAACGACGCUACUCCAAGAAUACUCCAACAAUACUAGUAGCUCCAUUAUGUCGCCGCUACCCUUAUGGAGAAGACAAUGAUAACAAGACCAGCGAGUUAAGAAACAAAGGAGAGAGGCAAGAUGAACAACCAUCUGUUAGCGCCAUUGAGAGAGAUGCCAUCUUGUACUGCCCCUCCAGGAUGUUCAAGGUGGUCUUCAUUGGAGACAGUGGAGUAGGGAAGACCUCCUUCAUCCACAGGGCCACUGCUAAGGAGUUUCGGGAGGACUUUGGCUCUACAGUGGGCGUGGAUUACCGGACACUGGAGGUGCAAGUGGGCAGUGUGUUAGCAGUGCUUCAACUCUGGGACACGGCUGGCCAAGAGCGCUUUCGCUCCAUCACCAGGCAAUAUUAUAGGAAGGCUGAUGGUGUGGUGGUGGUGUAUGACCUCACCUGUGAGCAGUCCUUUCUCAAUGUGGUGGAUUGGAUAACUUCAGUCAGGGACACGGCUGGGGAGGAGGUGCUGAUAGCCUUGCUGGGGAAUAAAGAAGACUUGCAGGAUGGUCGCUGCAUUGAUCAAGAUACAGCAGAUAAGCUGGCCAAGGCCAACAACUGUUUUAUGUUUGAGUGCAGUGCUGCAACAGGGAGUGGGGUACAGGAUGCUAUGAUGCACAUUGCUUCUCUGCUAACCAACCGACAGACGCAUGAUAUAGCACCAACCUCAUAUGUCACACUUCAAGAACCACUUAAAAAAAAUAAAUGCUGCAAGUAAUUGUCUCAUAUCAUAACUUUGCAUUAAUAUAUCCCGAAACCAAAUCUGUUCUAAGUUUCAUGUAUUUGUCGAUACGAAUUAAUUGCAGGAUGUCUUCUAAAUAAUUUGCAAGUUAUUAAUAUUAUUCUAUGGUAAAAAGCGAAAAAUUCAAGUUAUCUAGUCAAAAAUAUUUUAUUGUAGCAUCCAUAUAAUGGAGUAUAAAAAUUUGUAAUAUGAAGCAAUUUGUAACACCAAGAAUAAUUUGCAUUAGUAACUCUAUAUUAUUUUGGACAAAUUUUAAAAAUGCAUCUUUACAGGCAUUCCAUUGUGAGGCUGCUCUAAUUCUUUUUACUAGUCUAGUGGCUCCUUAUCUCUUCUGAUUACACAUCACAUUCUCUUCUGCCAUAAAAAAACACAAAUUAAAGAACUUAAUAUGUAACCCACAGUACACCGUAUUGGUAACAAUGCACAGUAAUGCAAUGAUGUAAUGAUUAAAGAGGAAACCCGCUUAAUACAGAAGAUGCAUUCUUAUUAAUUACCAAAGUCAAGUAGUGUUGGUGGUUGAGUAAUUACGAAUUUUUUUUGAUAGUUUGUGUCCCGUAUACAGUAUAAGUUGAUGAUAUUUUUCACUUCAACAUUUUAUACAUACAGUGAAACCUCCAUAUCGAACUUAUCCCUGCCGUUACAACACUCUCUGAUAGAGGAGAUUGUUACAUUUUAUUUCAUUCAUCUUAUCCCUAGCUUCAUGUCUUUCCUUAGGCAGCAUCUGUAUCUCAUGGCAGAGGUAAAACAAGGUCUGCUCACUCAAAGAAAACGGAACCUCUCAGAGCUCGUGACGUCACUUGUACCCACAAAUUCAACAACCACAAUCAUGCCGAGCACUUGCUCAGUUUUGGGAUGUUUAUCGCAAAUUAGAAACAGGGAUCAUAUAACUUCCCAUCGCUUACCAAAGGAUAAAGAACUGCGAAGAUGGAUUCACUUGUGUCAGAAGAAAGACUUUAUAAGUAGCGAAAAUGCUCGAAUGUGCAGCUUGCAUUUUGAGGCCAGUGCUUUUGAGGAGAACUUGAAAUGUAAGCUGCUUGGAGUACUAGUACCAAGGACAUAUUUUGUAAAGAUUAAGAAUGGAGCAAUACCAACACUACAACUGCCAUGUUCAAAAGGUAAGCUUAUUAUUUCAGGUACAAUGUAAAAAUCUGAGUUUAUGACAAGGUAUGUUUUUUUGUUUUGUUUUUAUCCUCUUCACCGCUGAUCGGCUCUUAGCCGCUUGGGCGAUCGGUCACG